GCUUUCAUUGCACUGUGAAUAUGAUUUUUAAUCAUCCUUCAUUCACAGCUAGCACAUAGCACUACUGCUGAGACUGACUGAGUGAUUGAUUAAUUUCUUUGAUAAUAUAUAAAAAUAAAUAAUAAAGCUGCUGCCCAGGAAUACAGACAUUUACAUAGCUUACAUUAAAAACAAUACAAUGAGGAUUGAAAACACAAUUCUGGCCUUCUAAGACAAUGAUGGUGAUGUGAGUAUUAUUAACUUGUUUUUAUUCUCUAAUAAUAUGUAUUUUUUGUCUUUGCAGAGUUUGCUGAGAAGAUUUACCAAGAGAGAACUUCUCUGUGAUGUCACGCCUCUACAAAUGGUCCGGCUUGAUGUCACCAACAAGCAGUCAAGGGUUCAUCCGAGGGCUGUUGACACUGGAGCUCCAGAGGCAGAGUAGACCCAUCGUAGGGGAGCUUUCUGUCCUCCAGUCCAGAAUGUAUGGAGGGUCUAUCCAGAAUGGUGAAGAAGAUUCAAGAGAAGAGCCUCUUGACUUACCCGACUGUGAGACAAAUGAGUGCCUAGUCAAAAAGUUUCUCCAAGACAAGCAGCUGGCAGGAGGUGUUGCAGCUGAUGAUCUAAUCAUCCAGCAGUUUUCACAGUUCGUGUCCCUGGAGUUCCUGUUCUUCAAGCCCAUGGAGAAGAGGCUGGACAUGUUCCUUCAUCGUUUCAUCAGUGAGCGCUACCCAGAGCUCUGGGCUUUCCUCCAAAAACUUUUGCUCCUCUCUCAUGGCCAGGCUGCAGUGGAGAGGCGGGUCUCCAUCAACAAAGAAGUUGAAAUCUGUAAUAUCCAGGAGGACACCGUCAUUGAACAUAGAAUUAUCUAUGAUUAUGUGUGGCUACAUGGGGUGGUUAUUAAGGUCCCCCUCACACCGGAGCUCCUGUCCUCUGUGACAGCAGCCAGGACCAGAUACGGAAUCAAUCUUGAGAAUGAGAGAAGAAAGAAUGAAUAUGAGGCAAAGAGCCUUCCAGAAAGUGUCUAAAGGUCUUGCCAGAGAUGCUGAGGGCAUGCUACAAUGGCAGAGCUCAUUACUAAGUCCAAUGCUUUCAGAAGAAGCCACAAGGAGAAGUUGGCUGAGCUUAAGAACCUGAAUGAACAGAUUGCAGCCGAGGGAACAGAGCUCCGAAGACUGUAGGCUCUUGUGUCUAGUGACAUUCACAGACAGACACUAUAGCUGCAUGGGGGAUUGCUGCACUUUCUGAUCAUAAUGCAUGCUCUGCCUACUUUUUUUUUUUUACCUGAUCAGCUUCAGUUCACGUAGACGCUUGUAUGACCAAAAGGUGGUAUGUGAGGCAAUAGUGAGCAGUGUUGGCUCUUAAUGUGACAAAUACGCAUAUUUUUUAAUUUAUGUUAUUACACACCUCACAAGGCUAAUGUCUAUUAAAUGUGAAUGUCUUACAAUAAAAUGUUUUAUUAAAUUCAAAUACUUGGUAAAUAAUUAUUUUCUAGGGCAUAAAAUCCAUACAGAUUUUCCAUUAUAUCCUUCAUAUUUUUGCCAGUAUGGCUGUGAAGUUGGCAUUAAAUUUCAUUCUGAGUGGUCUUUAAAAAGUCUUAACUUUAACUUGUACCCUGUAUAUAACACAAUAAAGGAAAGGGAAAAAGACGAAAAGCACAAUAUGACCUCUUUAAGCUAAAUCGGUCUGUAAUUGUGUUAAUAAUUGUGAUUUCAUUUAUGACCAAAAUAAUAAAUGUUUAUGAUUUUUGCCAUAUUCAAACUGCCCUACUGCCUUUUAUUUCACAAAGCUCUCGCCAACGUUCGGCAGCCUCUUGCUUGGUCACCCUCCUUUUCUCUUUUUAGCUUCCUCGGUCAACAUCCUCUUGUCUCUCUUCACCUGUUAUUAGCUAAUGUUACGUCCAUAGUGGCUGCUGAGCCUGGUUACAUUGCCUGCUCUACACCAGCUGUUAUUUUAUGAUGAAGUUACAUAAUGUUACUCGGUCACUUGCCGCUAGCUAUAAACCUUGAGUUGAUUGAACUUACUAGAUAACACACUUGGGCAUUGGUAACGUUACUCUAAGUGCUCUUGUAUCGGUUGCUGGCUAGCUUUAUUUGCUAGCUUGCCACCUGGUCUCUUGAUCGGUCAC